AUGAACUCCAAGAUCUCACUCAUCGCACUAGCCCUUCUGCUGGUUAAUGUUGCAGCGCAACAGUACGGUCAGCAGUUAGGCCGUCGCUCGCAGGAUCGGUUGAACCAACUCCGAUCCUAUGACGAUGGUGCACGAUCCUCACGCAACUAUAAUGACCUCUACAACGAACAACACUACUCGGGCCGUAACCAGGACCAGGAUCUGCAGGACCGGCGUGAAUCCGACUACGAUCGCGAUGAUUACAGCUAUGGUUACGCUGUGCGCGAUGAACUUUCGGGAGACAUCAAGAGCCAGCAGGAAGUGCGCAACGGUGAUCGGGUACGAGGCCAGUACCGCACGUUGGAAUCGGACGGCACGGAACGCAUCGUUGACUACACCGCGGACGAUGUGCGUGGAUUCAAUGCAGUCGUUCGUCAUCAGCCGUCAGUUGGUUCGAGAGCACAGCUCAUCCACACCCUGCAGCCAGCCGUCCUCGUAAGACAACCGAACGUUGGCCAUCUGGUUUCGGGCAACCAUCGUCCAGCUCUGCUUACCUCCCCUCAACAAACUUCUACCGUUCUGCUACGCAACUAA